GCAGCCGGGAGAGGGCGAGCAGCUCCGGCCCAGCCCCAGCGCAGCCCGCCCCCCUCGCUGCUAGCCCAUUGCCAUGGCCCGGGCGGGUGCCAGCCUCUAAAGAUGCUGGGGGAGAGCCAGCAGCACCGGCCGGGCGGCUGGGAUCGCUGCAGGGUCGGGGAGAGGCUGCACGCGGCCCUGGCCGGCCUCCAGGAGCUCCAGGUGCUGCGGGAGAAGCAGCGGACGCUGGUGAGCGGAGCCCUGGCCAUGCAGCAGCAGCCGGCAGCCCGAGGGGACCCGGCGCGUAGCAAGGAGCACAGGCUGGAGGCCACGCUGACUGCCUUGAAGGAACAACUGUCACGUUUAAGGAGACAGGAUGUUGGCUUGAAAAGUCACCUGGAUCAGCUGGACCAGCAAAUAAGUGAACUGAAGCUGGAUGUCAGGAAGUCCUCUAGCGAAUACCUCGACAGUGACAGCAGACCCAGCUCAGGCUUUUACGACCUGAGCGAUGGUGGUUCCUGCUCACUAUCCAACUCUUGCACAUCUGUGUACAGUGAGUCCAUAUCCUCCUCCCACACCAGUCUGUUGCCGAGCUGUCAGCAGCCCAAAACACGGCUCAGUGUCUUUGAUUAUCGGCCCAAGUCUGCAGACGAAACCACUGUGCACACCACUAAGUUCCAGCACCAGGGAGUCUAUGUCAGUGAUGGAUGUCGAAUCAAGGCUAGCACGGACAUUUCUGGAACUCCUGCCAGGUCCAGACCAAGGCCAGUUUCCACAGGUGACCUGGAAAGACGUCUACCAGAAGACACUGGAUUUCAGAAAACGACAGACCCCAAAUCCGUGCCCCCGCUUUGUCAUGGGGUGGAAUUCCAGUUCCAGAGUGUGGACCCAAAAUACCAAAAUGACUUGGUCUCCAAGAGCGGCAAUGAUGUGUAUCCUUACCCAAGCCCUCUUCAUGCUGUGGCUUUACAAAGCCCACUUUUUUCUCUGGUGGGGGUACCAUUGGAAACAGACAACCACUCUUCCCCCAGUAAACCCAUGCCUAGUGUCACAAGUCCUAGCUUGAUUAGGACUAGGCCAGUCAUUGAGGCCAGGCCAGGGGGUUAUAUCAACAAACUGCUGCAGCUGACAAGAUGCAGAGGGAACAAUCAUGCAGAUGCCAGUGAGAGGGUUUCAACAAAGAGCCAGCCAUCCACAGUGCCCCAGAGACUCAUUAUAACCCCCAGCACUGGUGGAGUGAAAAUUAGCAGCAGCAGCAGCAGCCAGCUGGAAAAACAAGGGAGCUCUCUGGAAGGUAACAAAGCUGAAGGGAAACUGCGGAGGGAGGUGCCUGAAGGGGAAUGUGCCAAGCAGCAGGGGACUGUUCACUGUGUGAAUGUAGAGCAGCCAUCCACCCUGCCUGACCCAGAGUCAUCAGCUGUAAAUAGUUGUUACCCUGCCAAGUCAACAGCCAGAGGCUCUGCUCUGGCAGAAGCAGUGGGGAGAGGCCUGGAGCACAGUUCCUCCUGCUCACAGAUAUGCUACGAGGUCUCUAGUCCAGGUAUCUUGAACACUAAAGCUAUCCUUCCCAGAAAGCCUAACAGAAGGUGCAGCACCCUCAAGCUGGCUAAUGCGGGGGGUGAUGAGCCAGUGACUCAGAGUGAAUUUGUUCACGCCCAGUUUGUCCCUGCAGAAUCCCAUCAAGUCAGAGUGAGGUUUGCCAGCUCCAAAAUGAAGUCUGUGAAGGUUAAGAGAAGGAACAGUGAGAAGGUGCUAAGGCCUGGGAAGCAGACCCUUUGUGCAGAAAAGUCAAGGGGAGCCCAUGGAGCUGCCAGGCUGCCUGUUGAGUGGAAUUUGCCUCAAAAACAGCACGGAGGAAAGAGCCUUGUCAGGAGAUCUACAUACGCUGGAGAGGUUACUGGCAGGUCUUGUUCAGAGUCCAGCCUAUUCCCCGUGCAAUUCCGAAUCCCCCCAGCACCAUCCAGGCCUGAACUUUACCGGGCAUCUGCUAAUGCACUGUAUUCUCUUGAAACGGCUUACAUAGACACAGCCACCAAGAAAAAACAGCGUAAAUGGCAGUCCACUGUGGAGAUCUCAGCAAAGACUCACCUUGCCAGCCUCUCUAGUGGCUUUGGCCUAGGGCCACCAAGACAGCCAGUAAGGAGAGCAGGGGUCCUGCGUACUGUAAGCAUGAGGGCACGUUCGAAGCAUCACCGCCAUGGAACAUAUGCCAAAAGCGAGUCAGACCAUUCUGAAUACUCCGCUGAAUGUGCUUCCCUUUUCCACUCCACCAUUGCAGAGACCAGCGAAGGCGAGGUCAGUGAUUACACAACCAACUGCUUUGGGGACAGCGAGUCCAGUGAAAGUGAUUCAGAGGGCAGCAGCAAUAGCAGCAGCCUCACUCUUGACUAUGAUGAUGCCGAUGAAAGCGAGUUGGUCUGGCCCGAAGCUUCUGUCAGGCAGCCAGCAGCUGUCCAGGCCUCUUCCAAGCCUCUUCCCCCCAUGCCCAAAAUCUGUCGCAUCAAAGCUUCAAAGGCACUGAAGAAGAAGAUUAGGAGAUUCCAACCUGCCAGUCUAAAGGUUAUGACCAUGGUUUAAGUGAGAGCAAGCAUCUGUUUAUCCCAAUGAGAUAUCAUGCUGGCUCUGGCUCAUUUACAAAACAAAAGGACUUAUGCUCAAAGAAAAGGACAGUUUUAAAGGAACUCUGAACAACCUCCAGAUCCACAUAAGGGACCUUUUCAUUUGCUAAUGGCCAUAUAUUUGACCCUGUAUCUAAUUUCCUCUUUUGCCAUGUAGUCUGUAAAUAUGUAUUUGUGUAUAUAGCGUGAUGCCUUUUCUUCCUAUACUUCAGAGGUCACUGCAGUUAAAAACGAGGUGGCAAGCCCAAACAGCCUCGUCCAUAAGAUUUUCUGGGGAAGGCUUUUAGUGUCUGUUGCCCACGUGCACCCACAGAGCUUCCCCAGUUUGAGAUACAAAGGCCUCCCAAGAAGGGCAGCUCGUCCCCAACUGAAGAUACUGAAGCUUCCCUACACUAAGGAUCUCUCCACAACCUGAGAUGUGAGUCUUCUCCCAGUGAGACACCUAUGCACUCCUCCUAUUAGCCACCCAUCUUUUCCUGUGCCCAUCUGGUAGAGAACUAGAGAGCUCUCCUUGGUUUCCUCCACAUUAGGAUGGACCAUUCCCACACCAGCCCCGGUCACUAGGAGGCCGGGCCCCUUCUUCAAUAGAAAUAAUUAAAGUUUGAGAAGAGGGGAUGUAUUUGUGAAUAAGAACAAGAUUUUGAUUCUGUUUCUGUUUACAAAAUUGAGGGCAAAAAAUAAGGUUUAAAACCCCCUUUUAUGUUAUUUCAUUUAUUCAUGUGUUUUUUGAAUGGGCGAAAGAAUGUUACGAAUGCUCCAUAUCCUAGUGUGCAAAUAGCUGGGGCUGAGAGCACAAUAACUCUGCCCCUGCGGUUGCAGACUCAAUAAAUGCUAUUUAAUAUACUCCAGAAAACUGUUACUGUCUGGCUUCCUGAAAGAAAGCGAUUCAGUUUUAUUAGCAGCUGAUCUGAAAUGCAAAGGUUCUAAAGGGCCAAUGCUUGCCAGCGGUACCAAAGGAAAACAAAGAAAAGUCCAUGGUUUCACUAUGAUUUUGUGUGUCUGUUUUUCCAGACAGGGUGUUUCUCAGUCAAGGGUUGCUAGAGUUUGGUUGACCUUUAUCACUAACCCUUUUGGAUCUGUAGUUUAAGAAUCCUUGGGCCUGUAGUCCACUAUAUGCUGAUGGAAUGAGUUAACUACUUAGGGGAAAAAAAGGACUUGCACUCAAGGGUUAAUGUUGAUAAUAUAUUAAAAUACAUUUUAAACAAAAUCGAGACAUAUACAGAAAACCUUCCUGGUUUUGAGUGCACUCCCAUUCUAUGGGCUGCAGGAGACAAGUCUUUCCAAGCAGCUACUCUGAGGUCUGCAAUACCUACCAAGUGGAACCAGUGUGAUUUCACUUUUUAACUAGGGAGAGUAAAAGAAACUUACAUAUUGACAUGUGAAUUUACCAGUUAAAGAUGAAGCCAAUUGUACUUCGCAUUUAAAAAUGAACAUAUUUAAACUGUAG